GACAGCCUCUGUAGGAACAGCCGCACUCUGCCACAUCAAGUCUGAGUUUGGAAAGCUUUUACAUUCUUGUUUUUCUACAGUUUGACAAACUUUCUUUCUCUCCCAGAGAAACAAACAUGAGUCACGUUGACGUGAACAACCUGAAGCCCUCCACCUUUGAGGAAGAGAACUACGACGAAUAUGAAUAUUACAAUUUAAGUGAUAAAUACACAGACAGCUCAGCCCGUAAAGGCAGGACAAAGAAGGAGGCCAGUGACAACACCAACAGACACAGCCCUUCAGGACACGAGCGCAAAAUCGUGGUGAAGCUCCAAAACACGGAGAAGAAAGCCAAGGAGUGAAUACUGAAGACACUCGGACGGCUCUUCCCGGACCCCGACCAUGACGGCCCUGCGGCCACAGAGGGAGACGAUGAGACGGCAGGAAGUGACCUGAAGGUUCACCUGAACGUGAAGAAGAAGAGCCUGCAGAUGUUCCAGAUGUUCAGACUGCAGCUGCUCUCCCUGCUCACUGCAGCUGCUCUCCCCCCCGAGGUGAAGGGGCAGCCGCUCCAUGUGCAGACCACGAUGAUGCACAUGUGAUGGUGGGGGUGACUUCUGUUGUUUUCAAUGGAUUUUUUUAACAGUUUUUUACAAUUAAAACUUUUCCUAAAUGA